GACUCUGAUUGGUCGGCUCUUACCUGUACUCCCUCCCGCCCCAUCUCGCAUCGUAUCAGCCAAUCAAAAUGUAUACCCAUAUAUUUAUAUAUUUUUAUUCACCGUUACGAGGCACAGCGUGUGCGAUCAGAGGGGCCGGAAAGCACCUUGUUUCUCUCUCUCUCUUUCCGUCUCUCUCUCUCUCUCUCCUGGUGACGACACGACGGUGACUCUGUGCGUCCGCUCAGGAGCCAUCAUCAUCAUCAUCAUCGCCACCAUCGUCGUCAUCAUGUUUACCUGAACGCGGAUAACGGGGCUGACAAACGGCCUAGAAAUAAAAGAGAAAUAACACCUGCGGCUCUCGACCGUUGACGGAACCGGAUCCGCUCGCCGUUUCCCUAAAGGCUGCGUGUCUCGUGAGGAGCCGCAAAAAAACGCUCCAAAUGUCAACUUGUGCAGUGACAGACUUCAACAAUGGUCCGGAGGCCAGUUCGGACUCGGAUGACGAGGACAAGCUACACAUCGUGGAGGAGGACAGCCUGCAGGAGCCCGAGGGCGCCAACGGGGCCAAAGCCGAGGCCACAGCGAAGGCUACGCUGUUACCGCAGUGCAACGGCGCAGCCAACGGAGUGAAGGAGGAGUAUGUGUCCGAAGCGGAAGAGGAGCCGGAGGAGGGCACUCUGGCGUACGAGAUCCUGCAGCACCGAGGCACGGCCGUCAUCUACCCGUUAGCCCCGCAGGACGAGCAGAGUCCAGCGGAGACGGGGGGCGCGGAUGAAAACGGCACCCCGGACUCCUUCCCCCAGCUGCACACCUGCCCCUACUGCUCCCGGGGCUACAAGCGCAACGCCUCGCUGAAGGAGCACAUCAAGUACCGCCACGAGACCAGCGACGACAACUACAGCUGCGCGCACUGCAGCUACACCUUCACCUACCGCUCGCAGCUGGAGAGGCACAUGAGCCACCACAGGGGCAGCAGGGACCAGCGGCACGUUUCCCAGUCGACGGGUGGAUCGGGAGGAACAGGUGGAAUCCGCAAGUUCAAGUGUACCGAGUGUUGCAAGGCCUUCAAGUACAAGCACCACCUGAAGGAGCACUUGCGCAUUCACAGCGGUGAGAAACCGUACGAAUGCUCCCACUGCAAGAAGCGCUUCUCCCACUCAGGCUCCUACAGCUCCCACAUCAGCAGCACCAAGUGUUUGGGCACCGCCCCUCCCGACGAUGUCCCUCGAACGCCCAUCAAGCCCCCGCCGCUCUCCACCCAAGCAGCGCCAGCUGCAACCGCUCCGACCCGCGUGAUUCUCAAAGAGAAGGCUGAGAGCAAACCCCUCCAAGAGCAGCUCCCCGUCACGCAGAUCAAGUCCGAACCCGUGGAAUACGAGUGCAAGCCCGCGAUGGCGGCGUCCGCGACCCCCGCCGGCGGGGCAGCACAGCCGGCCGCGGUCCCGGCCGCGACCCCCGCCCCGAGUGUGGCGAUGGUGGUCCCGACGGUGGGCCUCAUGUCGCCCAUCAGCAUCAACCUCAGCGACCUGCAGAACGUGCUCAAGGUGGCGAUGGACGGGAACGUGCUGCGGCAGGUGCUGGGCACGGCCAACGGCGUGGUGACGCAGGGGAAGCAGGGCAUCGUGGUGCAGCAGCCGCAGCAGCAGAUCAUCAGCCUUCCGGCCUUUGUGGACCACGACGGCACCACCAAGAUCAUCAUCAACUACAGCAUCGGCCCCGCGGCCGCCACCGCUGCCACCACCCUGACCGCCGCGCUGGUCGCUAAGACCAACCCUGCCCCUGCCCCCGUCCCCGUUGCCACAGCCGCCGCCGCCCCCACCCCCACCAAGACGGUCGAGCCCUCUGUCCCGGCGGCGGCCGACCUCUCGGUCGUGAAGGCGGAGCCAGAGUCGGUGGCCAUCGCCGAUGUACAGACGGAGGCCAUGGCGCAGACGGGAAGGACCCAAAGGGCUCGGCUGCCGAAGGGCAACAGCUCCAGCACCUGCGUGCUCUGCGACGACUGCCCCGACAACCUGGAGGCGCUGCACCUCCUCCAGCACCGCAAGGCCGCCAACGGGGAGGCCGUCGACUCCGCCGCUCUGGACCCCUCGUUCGCCGCGCUGCUCAGCGAGGCGGGGGUGACGCUGGAAGAGCCGCCCGUGGACGACCUCCUCGCGCUCCUCAAGACCUACUUCGCCUCCAACGCCAACCCCGGAGAGGGGGAGCUGGCGAAGAUCUCCGAGUCGGUCAGCAUUCACGUGGAUGUGGUCAGGAAGUGGUUCGCGAAGAUGAACUCCGUGGGGACGCGGCGCGGGAAAGACGCGGCGGUUUCAAAGGACGCGGAGACCACGCAAUGCGGAUCGCAGGACGCCUCGGAGCGCAGCGCGGCGGCGGCGGAGGGGGACGGAGCCCGAGAAACAUCCGACAAAGCCUCCUCAGACUCAGGCGCCGGGGACCUCGUCAUCAUCAAGAGCGAACCGGAAGACGGCGAGCCGGCGGAUUCUCAGGCCGAGCCCCUCGACCUCUCCCUCCCAAAGCACGCCGCGGCAGAGACGGCCGCGCCGCCCCCCAAGCAGCAGGAGCAGCCGCUGAACCUGACCUGCCUGAGGAAGGAGCAGCUGGAGGGUCGCACGAUCUACGUCACCGCGCCGCAGACCGGCAGGUCCGUCCGAAUCAUCUCCGCCGCGCAGCUGCCCACGUUGGUGGCCAUCGCCGGUCAGGGCACGUUGAGCUGCCUCAACGCCACGGCGAAGCGCACCAUCCUCAUCCCCCAGCUCACGUACACCUACGCCGCCGCGGCCGGCGGCGCCGCCGGAGCGAAAACCGUCGUACUGAACGGCCACAAGUUGCAGCAGGAGAAGAAGUCGGACAGCAGCUCCAACGGCGGCUCCCCGGCGGACGAGCAGAACGACUCAGACUCGGCCGCGCUGAUGAAGAAGCGGCGGCUGGAAAACGGCGUCUACCCGUGUGACCUUUGCUUCAAAGUCUUCCAGAAGGGCAGCUCUCUGCUCCGACACAAAUACGAACACACAGGAAAACGGCCCCACGAGUGCAACGUCUGCAUGAAGGCCUUCAAACACAAACACCACCUGAUCGAGCACUCCAGGCUGCACUCCGGGGAGAAACCCUACCAGUGCGACAAGUGCGGGAAGCGCUUCUCCCACUCGGGCUCCUACUCCCAGCACAUGAACCACCGCUACUCGUACUGCAAGAAGGACUGGCUGGGCUCCGGCUCGGGGCCCCCCGGGGCCCAGCUGGAGCUCAGCAGCCCCGGCGCCGGACUACAGUCGGACAGCCGGACCACGACCCCGCCCUCCCAGCUGGACUCAGACGAGAGGGAGAGCGAGGAAGAGGAGGAUGACGAGGACGAGGACGACGAGGCCAUGUGCAUGGACGACAUCCGGGUGGUGCAGGUGGACGACGGCGACUGCGAGAUCUACGAGGGCAACUUUGAGGACGAGGAGGAGGAGGGGGAGGAGAUCGUGGAGGAAGAAGCAACAGGGGAGCAUCAGGCAGAGGUGGAGGAAGUUGUGGAGGAAGACGAGACUGGUGAAGACGAGGCAGAGGGAAUUGUGGAGGAAGAAGACGCGGCAGGAGAGGAAGAGGAGAAUGUGAAGGAGGGCGCAACACAAGAGGAAGAGGGGGAGGAGUUAAUGGAGGAAGACGCGCCCGGAGAGGAAGAUGAGAUCAUGGAGGAAGAGGGGGAGGCGAAUGAGAUCAUGGAGGAAGACACCAAAGCUGAAGAGGAGGCCGAGGCAGAGAAGGUGGUGUCGGACGGGGUCGCUGGUGACGUCCCGCAGGUGGAGGUCGGGAACGAUCACAAGGAAGAUGAAGAGAUGGAAGAGACAACUUCAGAGAAGAAGGAAACGCCGGACUGUGAAGCAAACACGGACAAGAGCGCCGCGGAGGAGUCAGCGGGCGCCAAAACCACCGAGGAAGUGGUGUGACAAACGCCAAAUGGAGGAUUGGUAAUUCUCUCUGUUGAUGAAUGGAGGGGAAUAAAGACAAAGGUGUCAAAGUGUCCCCGUGGUUGCCUGAUCUUAACGGUCCACUACUGUGUACAAAAACCCAGGUGUGCCUGAACUUGAAAAGAAAGAAAAACAAAAUAGUGACUUUUUUUUCUUUUCACGUGGAGAUGAAAUAUCAGUGUUAAAAAUUGUUUAUAGAAGUACAGAUUUUAAAGCAGGACCCCCCCCCCCCCCCCCCUCGCUGAGACAUCAGUGGCUCUUUUUCUUCUUUUCAGUUUGGUCAGUGUUACUAAUCUUGUUUUUAUUGUUUGUUUUAACCUGUAAAGAUGAGAAGAAUUUCUAUACCUUUUUAUCGCCAAUGAAGUUUCCUAUAUCAGUAUUUUAUUGAGUUCUACGAACAACAACCUCUGCACUACAGUAUUCCUGGUUUACCUGCGGAUACGCGCCUCACGCAUCCUACGCCCCCUCAGUGUUACGCGCGCUAGCUAGCGUUUGCGUCAGUGUUGGUCUUUGCUAGCUAGCAUUGCUUUGGUUUUUCAGUUUGACUUUUAGCCUUAAAGAAAACUAAGUAUUCUUUGGGAGGGGGGGGGGGGGUGUAACCACACCUGUCCUUUCAGGGAUGAUCUCGCCGGCUUCUUCUUCUGCUUUUGGUGGACUUGAGUUCCGACUCUGCGUUUUUGGAGUCAGCUGGUCCGUGAAGGCCCCCCCCUCCCUCCUUCCACCCCCCCUCCCACUCCCCAAUGCCUCCAGCCUUAUGCAAGACCUGUGUGCUGUUAAAAGUGCCAUUGAACAGUGUUAUGGUUUCCUCUCCACACACGUAGCUGGUGUUUUGUCCCUCUGGUGCCCACGUUGCAGCAGAUUUGCCACGAUUGCUGCGAGAAGUGAUCAGCAGAUCAACCGACCCAUCCAUGGACUGGUUGAGGUGUGUUGAGAGAUGGACGUUUUAGGGUUUUGAUGCGGAGGAAUUAUUGACUUCGCCAGUUACUGAAGUUGAAAAAAAGUUUAAAAGAAGCCGUGAAAGCGCUGUGUUGAAGCGGUCCAGACUGAGAAAUGAAAUGACACGUAAACUUGACACGAUCCGCUUCCUGCGCACGUUCAAACACUUUUUUUUUCAAUGCAAGUUAACGUGUUUUUAAGUCAUGAGUUUUAAAAAUGUUUACAUAAGUGCUUAAAAAAAAUGAAAAUGUUCAGUUAAAGCAGAUGGAAGUAUUGAAAGGUGAAAACCCGCGGGGGAUGUGACCCGGCUCUCCGGCGCUCUGCAAGGAAUCUAAAAAAUGCGACGAUUUGAAAUUUUGCCAAACUUGUGCACUUGUUCUCAGAGGGGAAACAAAAAGAGGAUUUGUGGCUUCAGGUAACAAACGUUAGUGAACAUGGUCUCUUCUACCAAACAGUGUUGAUGAUAUUAGUUUGUUGCAUCGUGUGUCCUCUGUAUGUUUUUUUGUUUUUUGUUUUUCCAACAGUAUUAGAAACCUUUCACAGAUUAAAUAAAAUGUACCUGUUUAGUUUUUAGAAGACUUUUUUAUAUUUAUGUGUCUUAUUUUUAUAUUUUCUUUUAUGGUUAUUUAUUACACAUUGUAGUGUACAUUACUGUAGUUUGAAUUGAUACAAUAAUAUAUUUUAGUAUUAAAAAUAAUCUCAAGACAAACAAAAAGGAAAAAACAACCAAAAUGUGGUUCUGGGAGCUGAAAUUUGUUGUAACAAAAAAAAAAAGUGUUCUGUAAAAAUCUGAAAAUCGACAGGAAUGAAGUGAGGAAUAGAAACUGUUACAGGUGCAUCCGCUCUGCGUCGUUCUGAAGCUACUGAAUCCCCAAACGCCAUUUUGCAAAAGCACGAGUCGUCGUUUUAAUGAAGGAUCUGGUUCUAAAGCCUCCUUUUUAUUCCCAAGCCAAACUGAGGUCGCCCCGUUUUCUGUUCCGUGCCAACUUGUUCCAUCGUACCGCCGCAGGCCGCAUAGCGUUUGUUCUGUCCUCUGUAAACUCACUGUCUUUUUCUAUUGUUUGUGCUCCAUUUUUAUGACUCCAUCACAAUAAAAUAUAAGACAGCA